AAUCUCUGCGCUCCAUACAUUUUAAAGCCCACAUUCUGAACCGAGUUAAUUUAUCACUGUGCUAUCUUUUAUAAUAAACAUCAAAGAUGUAAUCGAAGGUAGUUAUUGCUGGUAUGAUUGUGUUGAUCAGCUGACAGCCACUAGACUGCAGAAAAUGACGACAAAGAAGCGUAUAGCUGUGAUUGGUGCCGGGGCCAGCGGCCUGACCGCCAUUAAGUGCUGUCUGGAUGAGGGGAUCACUCCCGUCUGCUUCGAGAGGACGGAGUACAUAGGCGGGUUGUGGCACUACACAAAUAAUUCACAUGACGACCAGGCCUGUGUGAUGAAGUCCACAGUUAUCAACACCAGUAAGGAGAUGAUGUGUUACAGCGACUUUCCUAUCCCCAAGGAGUAUCCCAUCUUUAUGCACAACUCUUAUGUCCUCAAAUACUUCCAAUUGUAUGCUGAGAAAUUCAACCUCCAACAGCACAUCAACUUCCGGACUGAGGUCUUAAGCAUAAAACAAAACAAGGAUUUUAAACAGAAUGGAUGCUGGGAUAUUAAAACACGUGAUCUGAAAACCAAUGCUGAACAUGAGCAGACGUUUGAUGGGGUUUUGGUCUGUACAGGACAUCAUGCGAACAAAAACGUCCCCACAUUUCCAGAUUUAGAUAAAUUCAAAGGGGAGAUAAUUCACUCACAUGACUAUAAGACUCUCAAGGGAUACGAAGACAAACGGAUAGUAAUUGUUGGGAUAGGAAACUCCGGAGGGGACGCUGCAGUGGAACUCAGCCGUGUCGCCAAACAGGUGUAUCUAAGUACGCGGCGAGGCUCGUGGGUCAUAAACAGAGUGGACACACACGGAUAUCCUGUGGAUAUGCUGAGGACAACGCAGUUCAACUUCUGGAUGAUGCGCAACAUUUUACCUGCAUCUGUCACUAUUUGGAUUACUGAAACCAGACUGAAUCUGAGGUUUGAUCACGCGACCUACAGCCUGAAGCCGGAUUUCCCCCCGCUAUCCCAGCAUCCAACUGUUAACGACGACCUUCCCAACAGAAUCAUCAGCGGGAACGUGAUAGUUAAACCCGACAUCAAACGCUUCACCGAAUCGGGUGUGGAAUUUGAUGAUGGCACAUCGGAAGACAACGUCGAUGUUGUGUUUUUGGCGACAGGAUACAUUUUUGGGUUUCCAUUUUUGGACAAGUCUGUGCUGGAGGUGAAAGAAAACAGGGUGAAUUUGUAUAAAUGGAUGUUUCCCCCCGACCUGGAGCACGACACUUUGGCGGUCAUUGGGUGUAUACAACCUUUGGGAGCAAUCAUGCCAAUUUCGGAACAACAAUGCCGACUAUACACAAGAGUUGUGAAAGGAGAAGUGAAACUUCCAUCCGCAGAAGAAAAGUGGCAAGACAUAAGAGAGAAAGUGACAGCGAUGACCAAACGCUACGUAAAAAGUCAACGUCAUACCAUACAGGUGGACUUCGUGGUUUACAUGAACGAGCUAGCGACUAUGGCGGGAAACUGCCCAGAUCUAGUGAAGCUGUUUUUUAAAGACCCCCGCCUAGCCACGACCUGUAUUUUCGGUCCCUGCACUCCGUAUCAGUACCGACUUGAAGGGCCCGGGAAGUGGUCAGGAGCCCGAGACAGCAUCUUAAGCCAAUGGGACCGAACCCUGUACCCCCUAAAAACGCGACCCCUCAAACUUUCCCCUAAGCAGUCCCAGAUGAAGUUUUUUUUCUUCUUUGUGAUUCUUGUGGGACUAUUUUCAUUUGUUACACAUUUGAUUUUUUCUUUGUUUGGGUAAAUUAUAUUCUUGAAGCAAGACUUAGUGCGAAGUCACGGACAUUUCUUUGUGAGUCAUCAAAAUAACUGAACUUCAUCACAUAAUACUCCAGAAAAAUUUGAAAUUAAAUAUGGACUAAAUAAGAUAUUUAGAAAAUGCUUAUGAGAUUACGUAUAAAUCAAAGAUAUUGACACUAAAAAGCAUUGCUGUCUUGGUACAGAUUUGUAUAUUGUAUAGAUCCCUAUUGUACAUUUAUUGUGAACAAAAUAUGUGACUUGAUUUUUCAUGUCAUAACAAUAAAUGAUAUUUUAUAUUU